UGAUUUAUUAAGAGAUCGUUUGACUGAUUAAAAAAACGUAUUUUUUUUUAUUUUUUUAAUCUAAUUUAUAAAUAAAAUUAAGAGGAAAAAGGUGUUAUGUUUUAAGUAUUAAAAACUUGUUACUAUUUUCACGUAACAUGUUUAUCAUCAGUUCAUACUUUAAAUUUUUAAUUGUAGUCAUUUGAUACUAACUUUAUAAAAAGGAUAAAGGUUUAACGAUUAUUAUUCUCAAUUUUCACUAAAAUUAUGGGACGUUACACGGGAAAGAAAUGUCGCCUUUUAACGAUGUUAGGACUCACAGCGCUUUUAUUUUUGGUGGAGAUAGUUGUUGGUUAUGUGACCAAUUCGAUGGCUUUAAUAGCUGAUAGUUUUCAUAUGUUAUCAGAUGUAGCCGCAUUAGUUGUGGCAUUUCUUUCUGUUAAGAUGUCACCAAAAAAAUGGUCCAAGAACACUUUUGGAUGGGCUAGAGCUGAAGUCUUAGGUGCACUUGUUAAUGCGGUUUUUUUAGUUGCCUUAUGCUUUAGCAUUACCGUGGAGGCAUGUAAGAGGUUUAUCGAAGUGGAAGAAAUACACGAAGCUAAACUUCUAGUGUCUGUGGGGGCGCUUGGUCUAUUUGUCAACUUAAUAGGUUUAUGCUUAUUUCGUGAACACGGAGGUUCUCAUGAUCAUUCACAUGGCAUAUCACGCAGUCAUAACAGACUAAGCACAUUAGUAGGCACGGAUGACAAUGAAAAUGACAACACUUACAGACCACCAACAGCACAAGCAAAAAGAGCACAUGGUCAUACGCAUGAUGCCAGUCAAAUGAACAUGCGCGGUGUAUUCCUUCAUGUACUGUCCGAUGCAGUGGGUUCUGUAAAUGUAAUUGCCUCCGCUUUGAUAGUGUGGCUUACAAAAUGGCAGUACAGAUUUUACAUCGAUCCAGCAUUAUCACUGCUAUUGGUUAUUCUCAUGUUGCGUUCUGUUUGGCCAUUGUUUAGAGAGUCGGCACUAAUUCUUUUACAAACUGUACCGACACAUAUUCAGGUCGACGCAAUACAACAACGCUUACUAGAAAACGUUGAUGGAGUAUUAGCCGUCCAUGAAUUUCAUGUAUGGCAAUUAGCUGGUGAUCGUAUUAUAGCUUCCGCGCACAUAAGAUGUAGAAAUCUUUCAGAAUAUAUGAAAAUUGCUGAACAAGUUAAAGAAUUUUUCCACAAUGAGGGUAUACAUUCUACUACAAUACAACCAGAAUUUAUUGAUUAUCAAUCAAAUAGUGAAAUUAAAGAUACGCCAACAGAAGAUUGCGUACUCGAUUGUCCAAAGACUGAUAAACCUUGUAAUCAUGCUACUUGUUGUGGUCCCUCGAAACAGGGUCGUGAAUCUCCUUCGCCCGGGGAAACACCAUAUAUGUGCAGGCAACGUAAUAGCUUGGCACGUUCGACUGCUUCUAUAGGAGGAACAAAGCAACAGGAAGUGAACGAGAUGGAGCGAGGACAUUUACUUUCUCUAUCUGGUUCUCAUCAUUCCAUCCAACUUCCGCAUUCUCACAUUAACACGCCGACGGUUUGAGUUAUUCUUUGAUAACCACUCGCCUACCUCUAUAGCCGAUUACACAACGUAAAGAAAUGCUAUUGUACAAACAUAAUAAAUUAAUCAUUUGACUGUG